GAUCGGAUUGGGUUAAACUGCGGGCCCGGCCCACUAGCGACGACGUUCCCGGAAUAUUUAAACCCUAGUCAAAUUCCAAUCCGGUGUCCGUACGCCUUUGACCGGUUCUGUAUCUCCCUCGUAGAACUGCAAUGACGAUGCCGAUCAUCAAUGCGCCGGCAGUGUUCGCAGCGUCCGCAUUGGCGGCGCUCUUUGUUUUCUCCGCCGUGUCGGCGGCUCACUCAGAAGCUCCGUUCAUCCUGGCGCACAAGAAAGUCUCUCUCACGAAGCUCAGUUCUGGCACCGAACGAGUCUCCGUGACCAUCGACGUCUAUAACCAUGGAUCUGAAACUGCUUAUGAUGUAACUCUCACUGACAAUAGUUGGGAUCCAGAACUAUUUUAUUCUGUCUCUGGCAAUGCAUCUAUGUCAUGGAAAAAGCUUGAAGUUGCUUCUGUUGUUUCCCACUCUUUUGAGUUGGAAUGUGGAGUAAAAGCGACUUAUUACAGUUCACCUGCUCUCAUCACUUAUCGUGUUGCAACCAAGUCUAAGCUGCAGGAGGCUUACUCCACUCCAAUCUUGCCAUUGGAAAUCUUGUCUGAGAAAGCAGUUCAAGACAAACUGGGAUUGGCUAAGAGUUUAAUGGCAAAAUAUGGAUCCCAUAUUUCUGUUGUGCUUAUUGUGGCAUUCUUUGCUAAUGCUGUUGCAUCCCCAUCAAAAUCAAGUGCUGGAGGUGGAAAGAAGAAGCACUGAAAAUAUGAGGGUUUUUCUGAAAAUUCUUCACAGGCCUUGUGCUUAUAGAAAAUGAUAAUACAUUCAUAGUGUUUACCCAAAAAAACAAACACAAAAUGUCUUUGAGCAUUUUCUUGGUCCAAUUUAUUUGACCUCUUUGGUAAGACCAACUCAAGCUGUCUCUGUAUCAAUGUUUUUCUCUUUUUUAUUUUCCUUUUAAGAAAAGAAGUUAUAGUGC